CUUUCCCUUCUUUUAAUUUCAUACACAACUUUCGAUGCCAUAGAAUGAAUCCCCCUCCUCCUCCUCCUCGUCUCCUCCGGCUACAUCGCCUCUGUUUUGACCACUACGUUUCCUGAAAAUGGGUUGUUGCAUUAGCAAAUGCCGGCCCGACCAACAUCCCCUUCCUCCACCGGAGUUCAAUCAUGUCCGGCACAAGCUCGUCGUUCCAAUUUCAAACAAAACUCCACCUCCACCUUCUCCACCAUCUCCCCCUUCUCCUACCUCUUCCUUCGCUUGCCCCGUUUUUUCUAACACCAGCAUCAGCUCCGCUUCUUCCUUGUCCAGUGCGUCUUCUUCAUCUGCGUUAACCUCUAGGGACGGGUCAUUCUCUAAUGACUUCUUGUGGUCCUGUUACAAGGAUAACCCCCAUAUAGUUCGUAUCCAUUCACUCAAGGAAGCUUCUCUUUCCUCGGUGCCCACUAAAGCUCAGAUUAACAAAACAAACCCGUCAAACCCACCGCAGAAGAGUGUCGGGCCUCCCGUGCCGCUGAAGAGAGUGAGGUCGAGCUCCCCGGCUAAUCUGGCCAGACAGAAGAGUUUCAGGAAGGAACCGGAGAGGCCUAGUUCUCCGUGCAAUGUACCCAGUAGAAAGCUGAGGUCACCCUCGCCGAGCCGUAGAUUUAACGGCGGCAUUGACAAUCUCUCGAAGCGAAUAAUGAGUCCGAAGGCUAAUUACGAAGCCCAUUCUCAGUCUGUUUCGUCGUCGAUGCGGAGGGAGAAGAGGAGAGCAGCGAGUCCAACGGGUUUGAGGCGGAGAGAGAAUUGCGGUUUCAAGAUUGAGGAAACGGUGGUGAAAGACGUGGGGUCUAAGCACGAGGUGGAGUCGGGUUUGGGCAUGACGGAGGACAUUCACAAUCCUCUCAUUUCCUUGGACUGUUUCAUCUUCUUGUAGAUAACUGCGAGCAUCACGUAUUCCGCUGCUGCAUAUUUCGUACGUGAAGGCAGACAAUUAUCGUUUUAGGGCUUGCUAUUUCUAUUCUUUCGGAAAGCAACAGUUUUUUGUUUCAGGGCUUGUUCAGUAAUAUUUAUGGAUUAAAUUCACGUGGGAGCUUGCUGAAGAUUGAAUGCGUGCCUGUCGGUUUCUGAUAUAUAAUAAAUGAUACUGAUACCAAAGUGGCGUGGUAUCAUCUUUUGGUGUGGGGAUGGAUCGUGGAAUGCAAAUGAAUAGAAGCGACUUUGAUCCGUGAGGCCCAACUUGCUUCGGAAAACACGUGUUGGUAUCAUCCUUUCUUUUCGUCAAUGACGUAAAAUACUUGAACACAACACAAAUAUUCGGCCUUCUUUUUUAAUUUUUUUUAUAUAAGCCUCUUUUUUGACAUGGAAACUAGCAUUCAAGCCCGAAAAUGGAGUGAUAUCCUGUCACCAAAGCUCCAGCCUAGAUUUUCCACCUUCCCUUUGAGGUUUAAGGUUUAUGUCCAAUCAUGGGUCACACGACCCCGCAGGGAAAUUACAAAUAAGCCAUGGAUGGAAAAUUAAUCAUUAAUAUUUUUUUAUGAA